GUUUAAUAUUUAUAUAAAUACUGAAAAGUGUGUCUUUGACAGUUAUUAAUAAUUAUUGUAUUGAAUAGAAAGGUUCACGUAUUGUGAUUAUUUUUUUUCUAAUAUGGCGAGUAUUGAUGCUUGUUUAUCAGUCACACAAAAAAUACUUAAACAAAAAAAGACUUGCAGAAAAUUGUAUAGUAUCCAACAUCUAUUGUCUAAAAGGAACCAAUCAUCGGUAUCACAAAAUGACCCCGAUAAGUCUGUAAAACCAGAUAUCGACAUCACAUUAUGCAAAUCCUCGAAGCUUAAUGAUAAUGUCACCAAUAUUCUAAAAAGUGGCACCCAAAUUAAGUUUGGUACUAUAUUCACGGACCAUAUGCUCAAAAUACACUACGAUAAGCAUGCAGGUGGCUGGCAGAAACCAUACAUCACACCCAUGGAACAUCUCCACUUACAUCCCGCUGCUAAAGUUCUUCAUUAUGCCACUGAGGUAUUCGAAGGAAUGAAGGCAUACAGAUCGGAACAUGGCCACAUGAAUCUAUUCAGACCGGAACUAAACUUGCAGAGGUUAAACAAAUCAGCUAAGCGAGUAGGCCUACCAGCAGUAGACACUGACGUAUUACUCAAAGGUAUUGAACGCCUAGUAUCUAUCGACAACGAGUGGCUACCUGUGUCUGCACCGCUCAGUUUAUACAUUAGACCUAACCUCAUAGGCACAGAAGGCACACUAGGAGUGGCACAAGCAGAUACAGCCCUUCUUUACGUGAUAAUGUGCACAGUGGGAUCAUAUUUCUCUAAUAAAUUCAAGUCUGUCCGACUGAUGGCCAACCCAAAAUUCACCAGAGCAUGGCCUGGUGGUUGUGGUGACUUUAAAAUAGGCGCAAACUACGCCACCACAUUAUACCCUCAGGAAUUAGCUUCAAAAUUAGGUUGUCACCAAAUGCUGUGGUUAUAUGGUGAAGACCGACAAAUCACAGAAGUUGGUGCGAUGAACGUGUUUAUUUUUUACAAAAAUCAAAAUGGCGAAAAAGUAUUAGCCACUCCACCAUUAAACGGUAUGAUAUUACCAGGCAUCACCAGACAGUCAGUAUUGGAUUUGACUAAAGAAUGGGACGAAUUUCGUGUUGAGGAGAGAAACUUCACAAUGGAUGAAUUAAUUGAACUGAAUGAGAAUAACCAAAUACUCGAGUUUUUCGGAACUGGUACAGCAGCAGUCAUUAGCCCAGUAUCUUCCAUAUUAUACGAAGAUGCUGACGUGCAAUUACCGACCAUGGAGCAAUCAAACCCGUUGUAUGAGAGGCUGUUCAAAGCGAUUACCGACAUACAGUACGGUCGGGUAGCGCAUCCGUGGGCCAGAGUAGUGGACGAAAGACCGCAUUUGUACGAAUCUCAAAAUUAUAAAUAUGCCAACUAGAAUCCAUUAUGAUAAUACAUCAAUAGAUCGCACGACACUCGAUAGCGGUCAAUAGAUGAUAGUACAGUAAACGACAAUAUUAUAUUAUAUUAUUCACAAAACGUUUAUUUUUUUUUAGAAUCAUAAUAACUGACAACUAUAACUACUUAUCUACGAUAGAUAGGCUAGGUUUUUAAAGCAAAAAAACGAUAUACUAUUUUAACGAUGAAAUAAACAAGUCUACUUGAGUCUGUCUGCAAGUAAAAAUUAGCAGAGCAGCGAAACAAUUUUAUUCAUUUCACAGUAGUGUGUUAGUAUGUAUAAUGUAGAGCCGUUUCAUAAUUGAAUCUUGAUGAACACAUUUUACCAUUAAGUCUACAUUAAAACAAUAAUAAAACAGUUAAUUAUUUUUUAUGAAAAACAAUUAUUUCUAUUUCAGUUUCAAAACCUUCCUUGUGAUAAAAUGUUUAUUUAAAUUUAAGUAAUUAUUAAUAACAUUGUUAUAUAAUAUUGGAGGAUAUGGAAAAUGUUAAGAAAAAUAAAAAAUCAUUUAAAAUAAAUUAUUUCACGUUACAAAUUGUCAUACCUACUAUUUAAUAUAUUGACCGCUAUCUAUCGACGGUAUAAUUGUUAACUAAUGUUUAUUUGAUUUUGUUUUUAAAAAAUUAUAUUUUUAUAUUUUAUACUUCAGUUAUUCAUCAAGAAUAACUAUUACAUAAUUACCUGCAACAACAAAGCUAUUUGUUCUAUGUAACUUUUUAGACGUUUUUUAUAUCAAUAAAAAUGAAUAUUUACCAUAA